UUUUCAUCAUCAUCAUCAUCAUCAUCAUCAUCAUCAUCAUCAUCAUCAUUUGUAUUUUCACAAAUCGUGACAGCUGGUUAGCCUGAAAGUAAUUUCACGGAUAUGACGUCGCUUUGGAAACUCCGGUGGACGACAGCUGUCUUCCGCUAUGCGUAAAAAUGAGAGCUAACAUGGGAUAUCGUUUCAAAAUUCCACUAGAGUACUUCUGUCUCCAGCCUCACUUAAACGUCAUUGGUUGUUUUUAUCUAUGUUUCGACCCUCUACGCUGGCUUUUAAUUGGGGCACAGUUUUCAGCUCCGGUAAAUAUAAAGUGAAGUCGAGGAUUGGAAUGGGAUGCGAAAGCUAGCCGCACAGCUACCCACGGGUCAGGAGAGAGCCGUGACUUUGUGGUUUUUGUCUCUUCUAAGUAAGAUGACUGGACAUGUUUGACACUUUUAAACCUUUUACACCCAUGUUUGAAACGAUCCUAUAAUGCAGCAGUGCUGAAAUUGCUACGCACACUCUCUGAACAUGUCAGCUGUUCAAGACAUGUCUGGUUUGUUUUCAUAUUUGUCAAACACUGUACAACCUCCUUCUGCAAAGCUAAGCCACCUUUCGUCGAGGAGCCUUACACGCCAACUGUACAUGUGUCUUACAUACUUAAACGGACCUUGACUUAAAGGAUAAUAGUUGAAGUCUUGUGAAUCAAGAAAUAGACUCAGAUGCUAUGUACAGUAUGUCACACUGAAAACUUGCAAGGUUGCAGCCACCCUGCAGCUAAGAUUCCUUGCCAGUUGCAUGGGAAAAUAAGAUAUGGGUGGCUCGGUGUCCUGUUGCAUCUCUGCGAGAGAGAGUCCCAAAAACCACAGGAGAGAUCUGGAGUUGGAGGAAUGUCCUUUCAGUGCAGAGGAUGUGAGUGAGGACACUGGGACCUACCUGCAACACAUCAGUGACAGAGAGCUCCCAGAUGAGCUUGCUCAAGAGGCCAACCCAUCGGACCACCCCAGAGCCAGCACCCUCUUCCUCAAUAAGUCUCAGACGGAUGGUCAGGCCUUCUCUGUCAGCAUUUGUGCUCUUUAUUUACCUGUGUCCCCUUGCCUCCUGUCAAGGAAGUACAGCUCCUGCUCUACAAUCUUCCUAGAUGACAGUACAGUCAGCCAGCCCAACCUCAAGAACACCAUCAAAUGUGUGGCCUUGGCCAUAUACUAUCACAUAAAGAACAGAGAUUCCAGUCGCUCACUGGACAUAUUUGAUGAGAAGAAACACCCACUUUCGCACGAGAAAGUUGCAGACAACUACUCGGCUGUGAACCCUGAGCACAAGCUUAUCUACCGCUUCAUACGCAUGCUGUUCAGCUCUGCACAGCUUACUGCCGAGUGCGCCAUUGUGACACUGGUGUACUUGGAGCGGCUGCUCACCUAUGCAGAGAUGGACAUCUGUCCUUCCAACUGGAAGCGCAUCGUUUUAGGUGCCAUCCUGCUAGCCUCGAAAGUCUGGGACGACCAGGCAGUAUGGAACGUCGACUACUGCCAGAUCCUCAAAGACAUCACUGUGGAGGACAUGAAUGAGAUGGAACGACACUUUCUUGAAUUGCUCCAGUUCAACAUCAACGUCCCAGCCAGUGUCUACGCCAAAUACUACUUUGACCUGCGGUCCCUUGCCAAUGAUGACAACAACUUUGGCUUCUCUAUGGAGCCACUCAGCAACAAGCGGGCCCAAAAGCUGGAGGCGAUCUCCAGGCUGUGUGAGGACCGGUACAAGGACCUGAGUAAAACCUCUUUACGGAGGUCUGUCAGUGCAGAGAACUUGGGUGCUGUCAAGAACACAAAGGCAGUACUGUCCUAAUUUGAAACCCACAAGGACUCAGUGUCAGUGUGGCUUCAUUAAUCUCUCAGCAUCAUGGGACUUGACUGAACUCAUCCAGCUGCCCCCAACAACACCUGGGGGAGUCUCACCAUUUACCCUCUGCUCAGGUCACUCUUCACAGAGGCGGUGAGAGUUGGACUGUAUACCUGUCAGGCUUCACAGCAGGAAGCAGGUUGGGCUGGAUUAGUUAGACUGAAUGGACUCGACAUUUAUUCAGUGCCAUUACCACAAAUGUAUAAAAUCAAACAUCAUGCCAUGCAUAUUAUUGAAGAAACAAUUGUGAAGUAACUCGCCAGGUCAGAUUCAGCAUACUGUAUAUGACCAUGGAUUUAGACUGCCAUGUCAUAAAUUCCCAAUUGGCUCAAUAGGCUACUUAUGACCAAAACUACACAGUUGAUAUAGUGGCAAAAAUGUGUAACAUCUGUGUCAUAAGUAUUUACUUAACUAAUAAUGCACAGAAAAUGCACCAUUCUGAUUACAUUGCAAGAUAUUCUACAUUACUGUAAUUCAGAAUAUGACUCACACUGUGCAUGUCAAUUAGUCCUACUGUAUGUCUCUGUGAGUGACUGCUCAGUUCCCGCCCUCUUUAAAAAGUAUUUAUCUCUGCAUUCACUGCAGAAACCUGAGUGGUUUCCUCUUUGGAAGAUAAAUGAGAACAUAAAAUGUCUCUUAAUUAAAUAAGCUACAAACGCUUGAAACACAUUCUGGCAGCUGCAAUGCUCUGAUCCAUCAGCAGGCACCAGCACAGUUCUUGCGUUGGUGACUCGGCGAAUCACGUUGUGCAGCAUCCCAGCAGCUUGUUGCUGAGUGACUGUCGUCCACACUGCAGCUGCACCAGGAGGCAACAAGCUGGGUUUGGUCAAUCUGUUUGCACUUGAAAUCUUUCAAAUUCCAUAAUACUCCUAAAGAUGAGCUAAGUAGCUAAUGAAGACUGUCAUUUUGUCUCUGAAUGGAACCAUAAUGCAUUUUCUGCCUGGAUACCUGCUUACACUGUUGAUGAUGAAAGUAUAAACCUUUUCAUAAUGUUUGUAGACAAGAGGCGCCUGCAGGGUAUUUUAGGGUGGCAGAAUGCAAGUGACUACCGCUGACCCAAAUUGAAAAAGAUUUUUAAGAACUUGUUGUGUUUGGGUUUGCAGUACCAGUUAUUAACCAAAAAUGUUUGUUUUCUUUUCAAUUUUCUAAAAAAAUAAAAUCAAAAAAAAAAAAUCCAGCAGAACCUGUGGCGGGAGAAGAUAAAUCGAAUGCAUGCCAUAAAUACGUAGUUGUACGGAGACAAUUGCAAGACUGCCUGGUAGCGGAAUAGCCAAUUCAAAAGGGACAGAAUGGGAACCAAACCUCCAUCAUUAGGUUUUUGAAACACAUUUUUUCACAGGAAUAUAGAAAAUGUUUGGUUGGGUUGUUUUAAAGGAAACUAGCAAAACCUAAUGGCUAGCCUCACUCGUAGACAACAGCGUGCUAUCCAUUUUGCCGUCAAAAGAGCACGCCUAUGUCAUUAAUCCGAGCAACAGAAAAGUAAAUUAAUUAGCCAGCUCCUAAAUUUCCACCACGUAUAUUUUUGAAUCCUCAUAUCUGUUGUAAGAUAAAUUAUAGCCACCGUUCCUUCCUUGGAAGCAAUUUACCGAACGUAACAUCUUCUUUUCGACUGACACGUCACACAUUCAAUCUAUGAGGCAGGGAAGAUGGCUUGAAUCAUCAUCUCGGUCUAUCUUUGUCAAAUGACAUGUAAUGGUUUGUUUACUAUGACAAUGCUUGAGUUUUUGCUAACCAGAAUUAUUUGUGACAUUUUGGAGAAAAGGUCUACAAUCACCUUUAAUAGAAAACCUCAUUCAUUACAUGUUUCCCCAGACAUAUCGCAUUUUUUUGCAUUGUGUUGACAGUGAAGUCAAAAGUGUGAUGCAUCCGCCUCAGUGUCAUCUGCAGGAGUGAAGUGAUGAUGUUAACCGUGCGUGUCGGCUGCACGCUUUCACAUUAUAGCUUCCAUCUUGGCUUCGCUGCCCCGCCGCCUUUCAUGCUGAGCUGGCAGAAAAAUGGCUGCUGACUGCCGCUGGUUCUGUUUGUCUUUUAAUGAGCUCCAAUCCAAAUUUUGCCAUGCAGCCCAGGCAGAGGAGCAAAGUAUUACACUGAAACAGAUGUUAGGCAGACACCAACGGCAAGUUUCGCUGUAGCGUACCUGUAUACCCUUUGACCUUAACUGGAAACAAGCAUGGAGGCUGCUAUAGCAUUAAAACCGCAGGCAUGUGAAUUGUCUUAUAAUACCACUCAUCAUCACAACACAAAAUUGCAAUCUAUAUGAUACAUAGACCUCCAUCCAUCAAUCAAUUCUCAAUACUGCUUAUCCUGUUCAGGGUCGUGGGGUGCUGGAGCCUAUCCCAGCUGACUUCUGGUGAAAGGCAGACUACUUCCUGAACUGGUUGCCAGUCAGUCGCAGGGCACAUAUAGACACGGACAACCAUUCGCACUCACAUUCAUAACAACACGGAGUUGGAACUGAACCCACGCUGCCUGCACCGAAGUCAGGCGAAUGUACCACUACACCAUCAGUGAAUCAGUAACUACACGUACAGACAUGUAGUCUAAAGGGAUCUCGUUUGUUGUGCGUUCCAGGUCUGAGACUCACAAAAAUUAGUAGGGAUGCAUAAAGUACCGGCAAUCUGUGUUUUAGGACGCAGAGCUAUGGCUUAGUACUCCGUUGUGGUGCUAGACUAUUUGGUCGCGUAUGCGCCCUCAUUUCUGAAUGAUGCGGCAAAAAAAGAGGGUGCGUACAGGUGCCCAGUCAUUUGAGGAAGAAAAAAAAAAUCCGCAACUUGAAAGCACAUGAAAACCAUCGUGGUCUCUAAACCAAUCAGAGUUAGUGAAGGGCGGGGACCCUCUGUCUGUUUGGAUGUGUGCAUGUCUGUUUGCGUUUGCGCGCGUGUGCCAGGAACUUCUGCACCACUAACAUAACAAAAUAAUUCACCGUUGUUGUAAAUGUUGGCGGUGGUCACACUGGGACAACCAGGUAAAUUCCUCAGGAAAGAUGUUUAUUGGCUUGAAUGGAGUCAGAGCUCCAUGUAGUGGACAAACGGCACAAGGAUAUCAUUCUGUGUGAAUUCGACACUUAACAGCAUUUACUGCUUCAUGAGAAAUUAAAACUUUAUCUGUGUUUGAUCGGCAAAACUCUGGCUGAAUAUUAUUACUUAGAGAGAGGCUAAAAUCAGCCAAUUAAAUCGGCCGACCGAUUGGUCGGUCGGGCCCUACUUUCAUUUGGCCAAAAGUGGCAAAGUUAGAGCAGAAGGGCGCAAUUUGACAAAAUCAGUACAAUGUUGAUGUAGUUAAAGUUCUGAAGGUGGAAUUGAGUAAAAAAAAUAAAAACAAAAAUCUGACACCCUCCAAACACACAUACAUUUGGGGAGUUUUAAUAGAUUUUCAUUAACACAGCCCAAAUAGUUCAAGAAAAGGUAGCAAGGUGGAAACAAAUGGCAAGCAUAGGGUGUUAAGCUUGUGUUUUGACAUACUGCACUGUACUUCUCACUUUGGUGCCAGAUGGCUAACACUGCUAUUAUACGAUUAAGGGCCAUGAAAUGCUUACUUUUUCCUCUGGUGCCAGUUUACGGUGAAGCAAUGUGGCACAGGAGGCGAACCUGAUGAUGAUGCUCCCUUUACAACCACUGCGUUUAUGUUCCUGUGUGCGCUGCAAUUAGUAGGUGCAUCACUGUGAUGAUGAGUUGAACAAAAAUGUGGUGUUCUGCAAUACAACUAUGAUUGCCUUGUUUAUAUUGGAAGAGACUAACAUUUCUGUGUGGGAUCUCAUGUUGACCUUGACAUCAAACCCCGCACAAUAACUGCUACCAGCCAAGACAUUGUAAUAAAGCUAAUGGAGCACGAAGCAGUGGAGAGAAUGGGGGGAGGACACUGCGCGGCUGUUCAUGCAUGGCUCUGCCCUUAUCGUCCCUAAAUCUGGCUCGACUCUCACUGCAGCCUUGAAGUAGCAUGUGCCACAUUUACAGCAUUUAUCUUUAGGCAACGUUCAGGUUUUGUGCUUUAAUGUAUGGUUAUGCUGAGGCUAGCUUAGCAUGUUGCAAAUUAAAAUUAACAAAUCCAAAAAACGUUUCUGCAUUGACAGUGGGCGCUUCCAGAGCCAGCCAAUGAGGUGCCACUUUGACUCCAUUGUUCUGGUUUCCCCCAAUCGAAGCUUAAAAUCACCUUAUCGCACUCCUCAAGACAAUUACUCCCUCUGUUAAAUCACCAAGAACGGACAUUUUUUGAAGUGCGACAAUGCACCCCUGCUCUUAGGCACCCGCAGUGACAGUUAACAGGAUUAGGCAUGGCUUACAUAAGUGUCUCCCAUGGCAACAGAGCAAUGGCAGCAAAGAAAAGACAGCGAGGCGAUUCGCACGUGCAAAACAUCAGCGGCAGUUUUCCUGCAUAUCCACACAAACAGGAAGUCCUCUUUAUCCUCUCCAUGUUCAGCUAUAUACUGUACAUUGUUUUUCACACAAUGUGUUUCUUUCUCCCUGUGACAGUUGUGCGUAGAUGCCUCAAGUUUGGCCCGUUUACAUACACAAGGCCUUUAAAAUGGUUCAUGUCCCAAAAUUCCCUCAGGAGAGACACAUGCACACUUUCACCCUCUCGUGACUCCAGUCAUUUUGACUGUACAUUAGCAAUACAUUAUAAUAGUAACUGAAUUGCUACCUCUCAUACAAAAUUGACACUCAAGGGCUCAAGUGAAGUUUAGAUUUUGUAUUACCGUAGUGCGUGUGUAUGUGGUUUCGAAUGUAGGCGCACACUACGCCCUGUCCAUAUGCUGGCUGAUUGACAGCUUGGUAAAACAUUUUAUUAUGAUUUCAGAGCCAAGCAAUGAAUAAUGAACAUGACCUUCCAUCACCUUGUUGUGCAGUAGUGCUAACCAUUUUUCAGCUGUUAGCCUAAUUUCCAAAAGGCCUACAACCAUGAAAUAUAGUAAAAUAUUAUUCUGUGUUCCAUUAUUUUAUGUUUGGCAGUCAGCUGCCUCGGUUCCUUCUCCUCUCCCAUCUUUAUCUCGAGGGCAGCGGAUUGGCCCAGUCCCAGAUACCAGUCCUGACUGAGCUUUACGCAUCAACUGGAUGGAGUCUCACUGUCACUUGUGCCUAAAAAUGCAGCAUUACUUUGAAUCAUAGUCCAAGGCUAUGAUUGUUGAUGAAUGCGUAUAAUUAGAAGGGGCAAGGUCGUCCGAUUGAUUCCUUGGCCCAUUUAAGGAAUGAGGGCUCUGCAGACUUCUGAGCACAACAGACAGAACGAGGUGAUUAAUUUGCUAAUAGAUGUGUAACGCUCACCGUUCUCUCAGAAACAAUUAAAGCUGAAAUGCAUUGCUCUCUUGUUUCUGUCUCAAUUGCUGGCGCCAACCUUUCCUGCAUGAUCAUGCUUUAACCUUGAGACGUCUCCCCUGGCGCUGGUGUGUUUGUCGACCACAAGGGGGUCUUUAACCUACAUAGGUAGCAACAUUAGCGGAGCUAAAAGCAUGCCACAAACUCACCUGGAGAACAGCCAAGUCAACAGCGGGUUGCGGGCUGGCAGUCAAUGUUCGGACGAGCGGGGAGAGCGUGUGCUUUUCGGCUCCGGCUCUUUUCAGGCUCACACAUUCGCCUUCUGCUGUGACCAGGAGGACAAUGACUUAGAGUGUAAGGCCUCUCAGGACAUAUUUCCAUUUCACACAUCCCAAACUGU